AUGGUGUUCAACAUCAAAGAUCGUUUAUGGCAAACAUUUCUUCGUUUAGAUCUUUUCAAAAAGCCGUCGAGUACUGAACAAACACUUCAAAAAGAAUUGAUUGCAACUCGUUUCUACGUAUGUUCAUUGAUUAUAUCUUUGAUUAUACUUACAAUUAUUACUGCAUUUACUGUUCGAACAAUUGAAAGUACCGAAUCUCGACCAUCUUAUAAACAAUUUAUACAACUAGCAGAACAAUAUCCCAAUACUUUGAAUUGUCCAUGUUCAAAAUAUGCAAUUAAUUAUCAAACAUUUAUUACAACUCAAGUCAAAUUUCAUCAAGUUUGUUCAAGUCAAUUCAUCGAACAGAAAUGGUUUGAGAUGCUAUUCACAAACCAAAACAUUUCAAUGCAAUCGACAGAUGAUUUUCGUAUUACUUUGACUUUCUUUUGGCAAAUUAUUGGAGGAUUAUGUAAUUCCAGUCGAAAAAGUUGGGAGAAUGCAAUUGCAAAUUUCCAAUCAUCACAUAUUCUCAGUCCAACAGCAACUCUUGAAGAAACUCUUCGGAUACAGAGUCAGACAGAAUUUCAAAAUCAGAUUCAACUAUCUCAAACAACAUUGGCUCGUAAUUUACUUGCUAUUCGUCGAAUGACAAGUGGAAAUGAGAUUGUGUCGGGUUUACAAACAAAUUUCUAUCUAAAAAUGCUAUCAAGAAAUGAUAUUCAAGCGAGUCCACGAGUGUUUAAUAAUUGUUCUUGUACGAAUAUUAAAGGUUGUCCACGACCUGCAACAUUUUCUGAUGAAUAUGAUCAUUUCGUAACUAUUCCAGGAAUGAUUAUGGAUUGUUUAAUGGUUGAUGCAACACUUGCUUCAACACUCGAAUGUUAUUAUAAUGAAACAUGUAUUUCUCUUUUACAUUCAUCAUCACCUAUUCAUAUUCGACCAUUAUCAAAUGCUACGCUAACACGUUUUCCUUGGAAUGCAACAAUUCAAACAUUGUUAAAUGAAUUAAUGAUCGAAGAAAUGAAAAAUGACAUAAGAUUUGAUUUGUAUUAUUCACAAUGUGCACCUCAAUAUUGUUCAUAUUCAUAUACACGCCGUUUUUAUCUCAUUUUUAUUAUUACAAUGAUUAUUGGUGUUGUUCGUGGGUUAUCAUUUGGAUUACGAUUUCUUGCUCUUAUAGUUGCAAAAGUUAUCUUACAUCGAAAAAAUCGCAUUGUGCCUCAUGCGAAUGUAUCACAAAUUGACACGUCACAUCAAAACCUAGGUAGAAUAUGGAGUAGUACUCGACAGAUGUCUAAAUACAGUAGAGAAAAACUGGCUUCUUUGAAUGUCUUUGAAGACUUUGUUCCACGUACUCCUAGGAGAAUCUCUCGUGAACGAGUAUUAACAAAACUCUUCAUGAUUGUUCUUCUUCUCUCUUCGUUUGGCAUUGCUCUUUAUGUUAUUCUCACUGAAUAUCCUCAUUUAACAACACUACAAAAUCCAUCCCUCACUCUCUACGAACAAUUGUAUGAAGAUUAUUCUGAUACAUUACAAUGUCCUUGUUCACACAUAUCAGUUCCGUACAAGUCAUUCAUGAAUGUUUCGUUUAUUCUACAUCAAGUUUGUUCCAGUGAUCUAGUUUCAUCUGACUGGUUAUCAUAUUUGGCAGUAUUUGAUCCAGCAACUGCCAUAUCUCAAUCAUCUUUGAUUGAUGGUACGCGUGAUUUUCGAACAAUGGGAGUUAGUUAUUUUCAAUUUUUAUCAACUUUCUGUUCAAUGGUUCAAACAAAUAUCGAUGAUGCACAACGUGUUUUUAGGAACACUCCAUUUGUCAAUGAUCGUGUUCUAUCUCGAUCAGUUUUCAAUACAAAAACUCAACCAAUAAUCGAUUCUUUUAUCGACACAACUCGUAAUAAUUUCAUACGUACCAUUGAUUGGGUAAAGAUUGGAUUUACUGCCGGUCGAUUCUUCAACGGUGCAAACGUUAUUUACGAGAUGAAGAUUAAUGUCAAUAAUCAAUUAGAUAUUGCAUUUGCUUCAUAUCCUCAAUAUUCUGAAUUUACAGCCACAUAG